AUAGCAAAGCCAACACUGAUGUGUAUUGUAGCAUUGUGCCAAAGUUUGUUAGGAUGGGGUUCUUGCAAGGUGUGUUAGUGUUGGUUGUGAUUGUGGCUUUUGAUCUGAAGAGUGCAUUGGGAAGUUUGAAACACCGUCAAAGUCCAAGCAGCAGAAAGCCGCAAUCAGCUCCAGCUUCCAGAGUUCCUGAUCUUUCUUCUCAAGGGUUCUUGAAUCCUUCCCAAAAGGCUUCUCAGCUUCCCAGUCUUGACUACAGAAAAUUUGCGCAAGACCCUCUUGGUCUUCAGGAGAAGCAGCUGUUGCAGGGUCCAGUCAAGCCUUUGGACUGGAAGUUUCCCGUCGUUCCAGAGGUGCAACGUGAGUUGGCGGUGAACUUCCAGUUGAGGAAACCUGUGACUCCCAGUAGUGUGGCUGUUCAAUGCAGUGAGGACCGGGUUCAUGUGGAGGUAAAGAAGGAUAUGUUCAGCAAUGGUCAACUGAUCCAGCCAUCUGGUUUGUCUAUGGGAGGCUGUCCUGUUGUUGGUGAGGAUUCUGCCUCUGGGGUGCUCAUCCUCGAAUAUGCACUACAGGACUGCAAUAGUGUACUGAUGAUGACUGCGGAUGAGCUAGUCUACACCUUUGCUCUUACCUACACCCCUGUGGCAUUUGCUGGCACACCGAUUACCCGUACUGAGGGUGCAGUUGUUGGCGUUCAAUGCCACUAUCAAAGGCUCCAUAAUGUGAGCAGUAAUGCUUUGAGGCCAACUUGGGUUCCUUAUGCUUCAACGGAGGUUGCUGAAGAUGUCUUGGUGUUCUCCAUGAACCUCAUGAUGGAUGACUGGGCCAAUCAGAGGCCUUCAAAUGUGUACUACUUGGGUGACAUUAUUAAUCUUGAGGCAUCUGUGAAGGUGUACAACCACGUCCCCCUGCGUGUGUUUGUGGACCGCUGUGUGGCCACCCAAGUACCUGAUGUGACUUCUGUUCCGAGAUAUUCCCUCAUUGAGAAUCAUGGGUGCCUUGUGGAUGCCAAGGCUACAGCUUCAAGCUCCCGCUUCUUGCCUCGGACCCAGGAAGAUAAGAUCCGGUUCCAGCUGGAGGCUUUCAUGUUCCAGGGAGGAUCCAGUCCUUCUAUCUACAUAACUUGUACUGUGAAGGCCACUCUUGCUUCUGCACCCAGUGACGCUCUCCACAAAUCCUGUUCCUUUUCCAAUGGGUGGCUUGCUGCUGAUGGGAACCACCAGGUUUGUGCUUGCUGUGACUCAACUUGUGGCCCUGAAGGGGGACGUGAUGCUCCUAUUGGGGGUAGGUGUUCAGUGGGAAGGCAAGGCCUCCCUCGGUCCUGUAAUGGUUCAAGGGCGACAGAAGUCUUUAGGUGGACUUUAACAAAUGGGGACAACCCUAUUGCUUCCAAUAAACCGAAAACAGUGUUCUUGCUUCUGCUCUUCUUGUCUAGUUUAAAAACCCUGGGUUUGUGCUCUAAAGAUUAGAUUCCUCUCAUUGCU